AGACACUUCAUCCAAUGAGGAUAGAGAGCACGAUUGACGCGAAGCAUUUAAACCAAUCAGCAUCUUCGGAAGGCGGGGAGAGGGUAAACAGAGAGCAAACUUGACCAAAGCAAAGCAGCCGGUAACGUGCGACUUAAAUGAUGAACAAGACGCGACGCAUUUUAAUCGCCACAAGAAACGGAUUUAGUAUAACCAUUCCUUCCUCACAAACAUUAGAAAACAGUUAAAACCGAUAUAAUCAAGUGAUUAUGUUCGAAAACAGACUAAAUCGGGUCUUGCGUACUUGUUCAGAGAGAGAAGUCGUUCAAACGAGCAUAUCUGUGAUUGUCGGUUUUGACAGCAUCGUAUUUAUUUAGACCAUGUCGACUGACAUAAGCCUGCACGAGCUGCUGGAUCUCUCCAUCGGGACGCCUGAUGUCGGAGCUGUCAAUUUCAACGCCCUGCACACUUUACUACACGCCAUCCUGGGACACCUGAAGAUCGAGAGGGUCAAAACUGCGUGGAAAGAGGCGGUUAACGAGCAUGACAGCCCAGCACCGAGCAAAGCCUCCUUGCUGGAGCCGUCGAGCCCGCUUCGGGUGAUGGAGGAGAGGGUACGGGGGAUGGAGGAGCAGCUGCGGGCACUGGAAGCUCUUCCCACCGCCUCCGAGCUCAUGGGCUCCUCCGACACAGCGCUCGGCGACAUGUGGACCCUCAUGCAGCUCCGCAGGAAGGCCCAGGGGAACGAGGACGGGGUGUCCAAGUGUAUGGACUUAAUCCAAGACCUUCUAAAGGAAGUCCAGGCGCUCAAAGAGUCCAGAGAUGAUCUGAGACAGGAAGUUCAUGCUCUGAAUGGUCAGCUCAGCCAGUUGAACAUGAACGAGUUGGAUGAUCGUUUUGUGGCUAUGGAGCAGUAUUGCAACCGAGUGCAAGAUCUGGACAACACCACAAAAGAGCUGAAGGACAAGAUGGCCCAGUACCCAGUUCCAGAGGAGCUCAAUCAGUGCGUCAAGUGGGACGAAAUGCGGGCAGCGCUCAUCAGCGAGAGGCAGAAGAUCCAGGAGGGGUUGCAGGGCACAGUGUCCGCCGCUAAAGACAGUGUACCGGUCCUCCCUUUGAACCUUGGUAGCCCGAUGAAGGAUGACAGACCGGGUACAGGUGGCACAGAUGGUGUAGAUCUCUCUCCUCCACAUCAGUCCCUGUCUGACGAGGCUCUGUCCCGGGUCAGCGUUGGGGCCGAGCGCUACCCGGAGACCGUAGAGGCGCUGAAGGAGGUGGGCAGACUACGAGACAGGCACGAGAGUCUGGAGACCCGUGUGGGACAGCUGGAAGCAAACAAGGCUGAUCGGACCCAGCUUCAACAUCUGCAGGAUCUCCUCACUGCAAUGGGAGAGCGGCAGAUUCCUGACCAUGUGCCAGAGCAGCUGAAUCAUCUGAGGACUCUUGUGGACAGUCUUCUAGAAGAUAAAGAGAAGAGCACUGAUGCGGCGAGCGAUGUGGAGGGAGUGUUACUGCGGCUGCAGGCCGACAGCGAGAGACUCCACAGCACAUGCAAACGCCUGAUGGAGGAGCACAGCGAGAAACAGAUCCACAUCGACCGUCUGUACAAGGUUUUGGAGGAACUGGAUGACAAAAAGGCUGAUAAGGAGCUGUUGGAGAUGAAGAUUGAAACUAAAGCAGACAAACGGGCUCUGGAGAGCAAGGUGAGCCGCAUGCAGUUCGACAGCAUGAUCGAGCAGCUCAAUAACAUGUUACAGGAGCUGCUGGGGAAGAUCAGCGGGCAGGAGAAGGACUGGAACAAGCUCAUCGAGAAGAUCUCCACUGAAAUGGACUGCAAGUUGAACCGGAUUGAGCUGGAUCCCCUGAAGAAACAGCUGGAUGAUCGCUGGAGGAACAUCCACAAGAGUCUGCAGACACAGUCCCUCCCCGAGCAGGACGACGCCGCCGGACUCAGGAAACAAUUAGUGGCCCGGUUUCACUGCAUCUCCUGCGAUCGUCCAGUGGAAAUGAUGACACCAGGACAGCUCAUUUCCACCCUGCCCUCGGCCCCAGGACUGCCCUCUCACAGGUCCAGCCGGCCCUACUCUGUGUACGAGCUGGAGCAGAUGCGCCAGCACUGCAGGAGUGAGAGGAUCCCAGAAAUGGCGGAUUACAGUUACCUGGCCCGUAGCUGCGGGGGCAGUCACACCCUCACCUAUCCCAGCCGCCGCUACACCCGCAUUCAGCACUUCACACACCUGAUCCAGAGUGACGAGGAGAGUCGGCCCGUGUCCUCUGGACCGCCCACACAGGCCGAAGAAGCGAACAUCAUGGGUUUGAACGGACAGGUCUACAAGGGCCGAAUGAACAGCAGGGCGGUGAGGCUCUCCGAGACGAGAUUACCCACCAUCUCUCCUCGAGAAGCUUCCAGUAACUCAGUGAGGGAUCGACCCCCGUCCUCCGUGGACUGCCUGUCACAGGACGUCCCGCUCCAGUCCUCAUUCCAUGACACCACCACAGAGCGCAACAAAGACUUCAACCAAUCAGAAGAUGAGCCGGUGACAUCACUGUAGAGCUCCUCCAAUAGGAGCCGCUCCAUUGUUUGAAUGAAAUGUUUACAGCAGGGCUCUGUUCGUGUUCAUCUGUAACGUCAAUCUAAAUAAGAUGUAAUAAACCCUCAAGUUAUAUCAAAUACAUGAAAUAUCGUUGGUCAUCCCAUGUGGUUAGUAACUCGCUGUCCCAAUCUUAACCUUCUCGCAGUGUUGAUCUGAAUCAGACCCAGUGCUUUCAGUCCGUUUAAACUGGAAUAGAUUGAUGUCAGCACUGAUCUACCUCUUGAAACAUGAUAGAGACCAGUGUUGAAAGCAUGUUUAUAUACGCAGUGAAUUAUUGCACUGAAUGUCACACAUGUAUAAAAAAAAGUCAUUAAACAUUCAUCAUAAACAUAACUGAGGUCUUGUGUUGAAGUACAAUGCAGUUGGUUUAAGUUUUGUUUGGUUGAUGACCUUGCGUAUUUACUUCCAUUUUCACUCCAUUUCCAAUUUUUCCUUUUUUGUGGAAUAAUCUGAGGUAAAAAAAAAUUGGCACCCCUAGAAAAUCUUACGAGCAAAAUAUCUCUGAAGUAUAUUCCCAUUAAUAUUUACACUUUUUUUAGCACACCAGGGUGACUAGGAACAUGAAGUUGUCUAGCUAUGACUUCUUGUUUCACAGGAGUUUAAAUUUGAGGAAGCACAAAGGCCAAAUUCCCUUAAUCAUCAC